GCGGCGGCGCUGGAGCGGCACCGGCGGCUGCACCAGGAGUCGCGGGAGAAGAUCAUCGAGGAGAUCCAGAAGCUGGACGAGCUGCCGGACGAGGGCCGCGAGGCGCGGCUGCAGUGCCCCAAGUGCGUCUUCGGCACCAACUCCUCCAAGAUCUUCGUGCAGCACGCCAAGAUGCACGUCAAGGAGAGGAAGGAGGGCGGCUCCCGCGGCUCCGGGCUCGGUUCUGGGCUCGGUUCCGGCCUCGGUUCCGGGCUGGGCUCCGGCCUCAGUUCUGGGCUCAGUUCCGGGCUCAGUUCCAGCCUCGGUUCCGGACUCUUCCACGGCCUCUCGGGCUCCGAGGAGGCUCCGGCGGCUCCGGCCGGGCGAGCGCCGAGCUCCUGCGUCCUGUGCGGGUUCCCGGCGCCCGACGAGCGCGUCCUGAGGGAGCACCUGAGCUUCGCCCAUUCCCAGCUGUCCUGGCAGAGCUUCCCGGCCGAUCCCGGCCAGCCCGGCACCAGCCGCGACUCCUUCAGCCCCGCCGAGUUCUUCGGCAGCAGCGAGCGGCGGCUGCCGGCGGCGCGGGAGGGCUCGGCGAGGAGCGACGGCGGCGCCAGGAAGGACUGGAGGGGGCUCCAGCACGCCAGGAAGGCGGCGCCGCGUCCCCAGCACGGCCCGGCGCUCGCCGGAUUCGCCGGCACCAAGGGCCACUCGGCACCGCGGCUGGCGAGGAAGAGAGCGGCCGGGCAGGACGGGGACGGCGCGGGGCUGGAGGAGCUCCACGAGGAGGAGGAGGAUGAGGAGGAGGAUGAUGAGGAGGAAGAGCCGGGCGGCGUCACCGUCCCCGCGGCGGCGCUGGAGCUCAAGAGAAGCUUCGGGGCCCUGCUGAGGGCGGCGGGCUCGGAGCAGCAGCGGCGGCAGCUGCGGGCCAUGGUGCCCCUGGUGCUCCUGGAGGAGCCCAGCGCCAAGAGGAGGAGGAGGAGGAGGAAGAGGAGGAGGAGGAAGAAGCCCCCAGCGGCGGCGGCGGCAGCAUCGGGCGGGGGUUUCCUGCUGGAGGAUCCUCUCCCCCUGGACGUGCUGCUGCUGGAGGCGCCGCUGGAAGCGCCGCUGGAGCUGGAGGAGCUGCUGGGCUCGGAGGGGGCGGCGCUGAGGAACGAGGAGCGGCGCUGCCCCUACUGCCCCGACCGCUUCCACAACGGCAUCGGGCUGGCCAACCACGUCCGCGGCCACCUCAACCGCGUCGGCGUCAGCUACAACGUCCGGCACUUCAUCUCCGCCGAGGAGGUCAAGGCCAUCGAGCAGAGCUUCUCCUUCCAGAAAAAGAAAAAGAAAGGUGAGCCGGGGG